CUACCAGCUGGAUAAAGCACUCUAGGAAAUGUGGCGAAUGAAUCCUUUGUUACUAUAAAACAAUAGCCGUUAAGUGGCUAUUAUGUAAUGUUGUUUCUUAAGUCUGAGUUGGAUGGCUUGUUGAUUUUGGAACUUGAGAGAGAAUUCCUGUAAAACUAUUACUUUCUUUUGGCUAAUCUCAAGACUUCGGAUACAAAAAAAAAAAUCAAAGAAUUUUCAAGUAGAUUACCUAGAUCAGAAACCAAGCAUUGGCAAUAUUAAAACCCUAUUGGGUAGAGUUUAUUUUCUCAUGUGAAGAUUAAUGUUAUCUACUUUGUAGUCUUCAUCUGAGCACUCGUCCAGAUAAACACAAUUUGCUCACCCAAAAACUGGUUCACUUUAGAAUUGGCUUAUGCUUGCUCAACUACCCCAGAGGGUAGGCAGGUAGCAAAACAAGUGCAUGUCACCUGCUUGGCAAAUUGGAUGAAUGAUUGCAAAUUUGCAUUUCCCAUACAGGGUAAGCCUCUAAGCCAAAAGAUUACUCAUCUGUGAUCUCAAGUUAUGACCAUUAUGGUCAUUGAUGGGACAGAUGGAAUGUGGGAAAGUUCAGGGUAACUUGGUAGUAGUUCCUGUUACGGAGUCUGUGAAAUAAGCUUCUGUAUUUAUGGGUCAUAAUUUCCUGUUAUAUCUUAGGAUUCGAUGUCUAGAGUUAGAUGUUCGGACCAUGGAGUUAAUAAGGAAAAAUUGCUCUGUUUUUGCUCUGUGGCCUGUAAAACUUGCAUGUAGCAUUCUCUCUCAGUAGAUGUUUUCUCUCCUAUUAAAUUCAGGUAAGUUGGCCUUAGAAAUCAAUAGUGGUUCUGACUUUGGCUCAAGAUCUACUCCCUUCGAUCUCUUUCUUACAUCUUGGUGGUUUUGAGGGCAUUUUACCAACAAAGCCAUCGCCUAAACCAUCUCCUGGCAGGUGGAUUUCAUGUUUCUUUGACAUUGUGAGGAUUGCUUUUCACUUGAAAACUCCUGACAGGAAGCUCUUUAAACAAGAACACUUUUGGUUUUUCUGUUUUUUAAACGUUUUUAUUAGUAUAUAAUAGUUAUACAGGGGGAUUCGUUAUGACAUAUCCAUAUCUGCAUAGGUUGUCCUUCAGUUUGGUUCCUCCCUUCCAUUAUUCUCCCUCUUCCUCCUCCCCAUUCUUAAAAAUGACUUCAGUUAGGCUUCAAUGUUCCAUAUUCAUAUAUGUAUAGAAAAUACAUUGACCAUUUCCACCCUUCCUAACCUUCAUCAUUCUCCGUCAGACUGGGUAAUUUGGGCAUUAAAAGGUACGGAUGGUGAACUGCUUACAAUAGCUAUAUUAUGAUGCUACUUUUGGAUGCCAUUCCUAGGAUAUGCACACAUUCCAUUGAAUGGACCCCAGGUUGAAAAACCCAUGAGGGAAAAUUGUUCUGACUCUUGGCACUGAGAGAUGUAUUCAGAAGUGUUGUAUUCAAGCCAGAAUAAAUAUAUAUGCCCUUUACACUUCUUUCAGUUAGUAGAAAUCACUUCUAAACACUUUGGCAUUAAGGAAGCUCGUCAUGACCUAUUGUUCCAGAAAGAUUAUAGUUCUGUUUUAAGCCAGUUCUUUAGUUCCCAUGCAAGUGACAUGCCCAGCCUGGAGCUGAAGAAACAGCCUUCGCUUUUCAAACCUUCUGUUCUUAUAGGUGUGUCCAGCAGGCAGUGGCUUGUAGCUGUUCCUUCAGCCACUUAACAGUUGCCGAACAAGCAACCGGAAAAGCUUGAUAGGUAAUGGCCAGUCACCAGCAUUGCCUAGACCGCACUCACCUCUCUCUGCUCAUGCAGGAAAUAGCCCUCAAGAUAGUCCAAGAAAUUUCUCCCCCAGUGCCUCAGCCCAUUUUUCAUUUGCACGGAGGACUGAUGGACGCCGCUGGUCAUUGGCCUCUCUCCCCUCCUCUGGCUAUGGGACAAACACACCUAGCUCCACUGUCUCUUCAUCCUGUUCCUCCCAGGAGAAGUUGCAUCAGUUACCAUACCAACCAACGCCAGAUGAAUUACACUUCUUAUCAAAACAUUUCUGUACCACAGAAAGCAUUGCCACUGAGAACAGAUGCAGGAACACGCCAAUGCGCCCCCGUUCCCGAAGUCUCAGCCCUGGACGUUCCCCCGCCUGCUGUGACCAUGAAAUAAUUAUGAUGAACCAUGUCUACAAAGAAAGGUUCCCAAAGGCUACAGCUCAGAUGGAAGAGCGUCUUAAGGAAAUUAUUACCAGCUACUCCCCUGACAAUGUCCUUCCCCUAGCAGAUGGAGUGCUUAGUUUCACUCACCAUCAGAUUAUUGAACUGGCUCGAGAUUGUUUGGAUAAAUCCCACCAGGGUCUCAUCACCUCGAGAUACUUUCUUGAAUUGCAGCACAAAUUAGAUAAAUUGCUACAGGAGGCCCAUGAUCGCUCUGAAAGUGGAGAAUUGGCUUUUAUUAAACAGCUAGUCCGCAAGAUCCUAAUUGUUAUUGCCCGCCCAGCUCGGUUAUUGGAGUGCCUGGAAUUUGAUCCUGAAGAAUUUUACUACCUAUUGGAAGCUGCAGAAGGCCAUGCCAAAGAAGGACAGGGUAUCAAAACUGACAUCCCCAGGUACAUCAUCAGCCAGCUGGGGCUGAAUAAGGACCCUUUGGAAGAAAUGGCUCAGUUGGGGAACUAUGACAGUGGGACUGCAGAAACACCAGAAACGGAUGAGUCAGUGAGUAGCUCUAAUGCUUCCCUGAAACUUCGAAGAAAACCUCGAGAAAGUGAUUUUGAAACGAUUAAAUUGAUUAGCAAUGGAGCCUAUGGGGCAGUCUACUUCGUUCGGCAUAAAGAAUCCCGACAGAGGUUUGCCAUGAAGAAGAUUAAUAAACAGAACCUCAUCCUUCGGAACCAGAUCCAGCAGGCCUUUGUGGAAAGGGACAUCCUGACUUUUGCAGAAAACCCCUUUGUUGUCAGCAUGUAUUGCUCCUUUGAAACGAGGCGCCACUUGUGUAUGGUCAUGGAAUAUGUAGAAGGGGGAGACUGUGCCACCUUAAUGAAAAACAUGGGUCCUCUUCCUGUUGACAUGGCCAGGAUGUACUUUGCUGAGACAGUCUUGGCCUUGGAAUAUCUGCAUAAUUAUGGAAUUGUACACAGGGAUUUGAAACCAGAUAACCUGUUGGUCACCUCCAUGGGGCACAUAAAGCUGACAGAUUUUGGAUUAUCUAAGGUGGGACUAAUGAGCAUGACUACCAACCUUUAUGAGGGUCAUAUUGAGAAGGAUGCCCGAGAGUUCCUGGAUAAACAGGUCUGUGGCACACCUGAAUAUAUUGCCCCCGAAGUGAUUCUGAGACAGGGCUAUGGGAAGCCGGUAGACUGGUGGGCCAUGGGGAUUAUCCUCUAUGAAUUUCUGGUUGGAUGUGUGCCAUUCUUUGGGGAUACUCCAGAAGAGCUAUUUGGACAAGUCAUCAGUGAUGAAAUCAACUGGCCUGAAAAGGAUGAGGCUCCACCACCAGAUGCCCAGGAUCUGAUUACCUUGCUGCUUCGGCAGAAUCCCCUGGAGAGGCUGGGAACAGGUGGUGCAUAUGAAGUCAAGCAGCAUCGGUUCUUCCGAUCUUUAGACUGGAACAGUUUGCUGAGACAGAAGGCAGAAUUUAUUCCCCAACUGGAAUCGGAGGAUGACACAAGUUAUUUUGAUACUCGGUCAGAGAAAUAUCAUCACAUGGAAACUGAGGAAGAAGAUGACACAAAUGAUGAAGACUUCACCGUGGAAAUCAGGCAGUUUUCCUCGUGCUCUCACAGGUUUUCAAAAGUUUUCAGCAGUAUAGAUCGAAUAACUCAGAAUUCAGGAGAAGAAAAAGAAGACUCUGGGGACAAAACCAAAAGCACAACUCUGCCAUCCACAGAAACAUUAAGCUGGAGUUCGGAAUAUUCUGAAGUACAACAGUUAUCGACAUCCAACUCUUCAGAUACUGAAAGCAACAGGCAUAAACUCAGUUCUGGCCUGCUUCCCAAACUGGCCAUUUCAACAGAGCGGGAGCAAGAUGAAGCCACCUCCUGCCCUGGAGACCCCCGAGAGGAGCCUGAAAAGCCAGUUCUUCCUCCUGAAGAGUGUACUCAGGAGGAGCCUGAGGUCACCACCCCGGCCAGUACCAUCAGCAGCUCCACCCUCUCAGUUGGCAGUUUUUCAGAGCACUUGGAUCAGAUAAAUGGACGGAGCGAGUGUGUGGACAGUACAGAUAAUUCCACAAAGCCAUCCAAUGAACCCGCUUCUCACAUGGCUCGACAGCGAUUAGAAAGCACAGAAAAAAAGAAAAUCUCGGGGAAAGUCACAAAGUCCCUUUCUGCCAGUGCUCUGUCCCUCAUGAUCCCAGGAGAUAUGUUUGCUGUUUCUCCAUUGGGAAGUCCGAUGUCUCCCCACUCUUUGUCCUCGGACCCUUCUUCUUCACGAGAUUCCUCUCCCAGCAGAGAUUCUUCAGCAGCUUCUGCCAGUCCCCACCAGCCCAUUGUGAUCCACAGUUCAGGGAAGAACUAUGGGUUCACCAUCCGAGCCAUCCGGGUGUAUGUGGGAGACAGCGACAUCUAUACAGUGCACCACAUCGUCUGGAAUGUAGAAGAAGGAAGUCCAGCGUACCAAGCAGGACUGAAGGCUGGAGAUCUGAUAACGAACAUCAACGGGGAACCAGUGCAUGGGCUUGUCCACACUGAAGUUAUAGAGCUGCUGCUAAAGAGUGGGAAUAAGGUGUCAAUCACUACUACUCCGUUUGAAAACACAUCAAUCAAAACAGGACCAGCCAGGAGAAACAGCUACAAGAGCAGGAUGGUGAGGCGGAGCAAGAAGUCGAAGAAGAAAGAAAGUCUAGAAAGGAGGAGAUCUCUUUUCAAAAAGCUAGCCAAACAGCCUUCUCCUUUGCUCCACACCAGCCGCAGUUUCUCCUGCUUGAACCGAUCCCUGUCAUCCGGAGAAAGCCUCCCGGGUUCCCCCACUCACAGCUUAUCUCCCCGAUCACCCACGCCCAGCUAUCGCUCCACUCCCGACUUCCCAUCUGGUACUAAUUCCUCCCAGAGCAGCUCCCCAAGUUCUAGUGCUCCCAAUUCUCCAGCAGGGUCUGGGCACAUCCGGCCCAGCACCCUCCAUGGCCUGGCUCCCAAACUCAGUGGGCAGCGAUACCGCUCUGGAAGGCGAAAGUCGGCUGGUAGCAUCCCACUGUCCCCAUUGGCCCGGACACCCUCUCCGACCCCCCAGCCCACCUCCCCUCAGCGAUCACCUUCCCCACUGUUGGGAUACUCCCUUGGCAAUGCUAAGAUUGCUCAAGCCUUUCCCAGCAAGAUGCACUCCCCACCCACCAUUGCCAGACAUGUUGUGAGACCCAAGAGUGCUGAGCCCCCGCGCUCCCCGCUGCUCAAGCGGGUGCAGUCUGAGGAAAAGCUGUCACCCUCCUAUGGCAGUGACAAGAAGCAUCUGUGCUCCCGUAAGCACAGCCUAGAGGUGACCCAGGAAGAGGUACAGCGGGAGCAGUCCCAGCGAGAGGUGACCCUGCAGAGCCUAGAGGAGAACAUGUGUGAUGCACCAUCCCUCAGCCGUGCCCGGCCUGUGGAACAAGGCUGCCUGAAACGCCCAGUGUCCCGGAAGCUGGGCCGGCAGGAGUCUGUGGAUGACCUGGACCGGGAUAAGCUGAAGGCCAAGAUGGUGGUGAAGAAACCAGAUGGCCUCUCAGAGAAACAAGAGUCCCACCAGAAACACCCCAGCUUCGGCAGUGAUUCAGAAAACCAUGCUCUCUUUAGACUAGAAGAGAGAGAGAAGAAAAGCUACCCCAAGGCAUUAGAAAGGUCCAGUCAUUUUGAAAACAAAGCAAUGGAGGCCCAGUCUCUGGGCAGCCUGCUAAAAGACGCACUUCACAAGCAGGCCAGCGUGAGGGCCAGCGAAGGGAUGGCCUCGGAUGGGGCAGCACCUGGCUGUAGCCUGGCAUCUGGGGAGCACAGCCAAGGUGCAGGUGACUUCAAACGGGUUUCCACCCCCAGCACCCUCCAAGACAGUGUCUGUCACUCCCCAGAGAGGUCCAUCCCUGGGAAGGCUGAAAACACAGAGAAGGCCUCCCAGGCCAAGGAGUUCCUCCGAGGCGAGAAGUUAGACAGCAAGCUGGCCAAUAUUGAUUACCUCCGAAAGAAAAUGACACUUGAAGACAAAGAUGAUAACCACUGCUCUGUGUUGAAGGCCAAGAUGGCAUCCAGUGCACACGAAUGCCUGUCAGGAAAUGCAGUCCGGCCUGUAGGUGGGCAGCAGGAAACCCCACAGGGCUCCGAGAGCCGGGCGUUCAUUAGCAGCACCCAUGUGGCUCAGAUGAGCUCUGUCUCCUUCGUUCCUCUCAAGGCCUUAGCUGGCCGGGGGGAUGGUGGACCAGAGAAGCCGGUAUUAGUUGCUCCUGAGUCUCCAGUCAGGAAGAGCCCCUCUGAGUAUAAGCUAGAGGGCAGGUCAGUGUCAUGUCUGAAGCCAAUUGAGGGCACAUUGGACAUUGCUCUCCUGUCUGGACCUCAUGCUUCUAAGACAGAGCUGCCUUCACCAGAGUAUGUACAGAGCCCCAGUCCAAGUGGUGACAUGGGGCCCUCUGUGCCACCAGCUCUCCUUGGAAGUAGUGGGAAAAAGUGUGACCCCAUCAACCUCAGAGAGCCUUCCCCUGCAAACUUGAAGAUGAAUAAAUCCUACCUGCUCGAGCCUCGGUUCCUGCCCCCUGGCCGGGGUCUCCAGAGCAUACCAACUCCCCUGCCCAACCCAGAGUUAAAACAGAACAGAAAAGUUUCCCAUCCUUCUGCCAGGAGCUCAGUAACAAUCAUGGAAAGUGACUCUCAGCAGAGAGAGAAUGGCUCCGUCAAACACCAAGACCAUUCCACAGACAGCAAGGUCCUCCCUGGCUCAGGGAAGACCAUGCACAGCACUGCUCCAGCCAGGUUAUGUGGUCCCCUCUUACCCAAAGAGGUCCCUGCAAGGGAGAAACCAAGCCUGAAGGAACCAUCUGAAAAGAGCCCUUCCACAGCGAGAAGUGAGCGGCCUGCCAUGAGGGCUGACAUGCACAGAAACCCCUCAAUGGAGCUGUGUCCUCCAGAGACUGCUAAAGUCAACGAGAAUUCCAAAAGUGUCCCUUCUGGGGGAAGGGCUUGCCCAGACUUCUGUGUGCAGACUCAAGCCAUGGAGAAAGUGUGGGGUACUUGUGCAAAAAUAAACCACAAAGAUGGCCGGGAUGAGGUUAGGUCCCUGACCAGGGAGGAGUCCUCCUUGAACAAAGCUGGGAUUCUUUGUGAGAAGGAGGUGAGCAAGGUAAGAAGUGACUUGGAACCCAAGCCUGAAACCCCUCCUGCCAGGUACACUCCACAGCCUCCUGGAACUGACAGUGGGAAGAGUGAGAAGCUCUCUGGUAUCCUCUCUUUGCAGAAACAGUGUCCCAAGGAGCCUGAGAGGAAAGAGCAGCCUCUUCAAAGGCACAUCAGCAGUGGCUUUCAACUCCCCCCGACCACCAAAGAGCUGCCCAGCCUGGCCCCUUGGCAGCAUUGCAGUUCCCCAAACCUCACUUCCAGCAAGGAGCCCGGGAUCCAGCCCACUGCUGCAGAACCCAGCCUCUGCCUCCAGGAUCCUCCCAGGCCUACUGCUAUGCACACUGAGAACAGUGGCCACAAGCCUCGGCCUGGCCUUGACCCUGGCCCCCCUAAAUCCAAGCACCCAGACAGGUCCCCCUCCUCACAAAAAAUGAGCAUUGGGACUGCAAAGGGCAAAGAGCUUGUCACUCAGCCCCCCAGUGGCUCCAGCAGAGAGGGGAAGGGCAACAGUAAGGGUGUGUUGGAUGUGUCCCCAGCCAUCCAGGGCAAAGCUAGUGAUGCGAUUGGCUGGGGAGAAAGUGGUCCUUCCAUCCCACUGCACCCUCCAGAGGGUCCCCUAAAUGCCAAACUGAAACCCACCAGUGAUGAACACCUUCUAGAAGUGCAGGAGAAGCCUGUGCAUUUGCCCAAGCAAGGACAUCCAGGGUUCAUUGAUGCUGUAGACCAGAAGCUUCCCACUGCCAAUGAAAAGCAAAGCCUGUCUCCAAAGCACCCCAAGCCAUCCACUGUGAAAGACUGUCCCCCUCUGUGCAGACAGACCGACAGAAGCUCAAGUCAGCAAGCCACCACCAUGGAUAGGAAGCCAGAAGGCAAGAAAUGCACAGAAGCACUUUAUAUUCCAGCGGCAGAUGCAGGCAAGCUGGAAGCCAGCUCUCACAUGCACGGUGAGAGCCAUCAGAAAAGUGCAGAGAGGCCAGCCUUGGGGCCGGGGAAGGGCUUUCUAGAGGCCAAAGGGAAAGUACCUGCUCCCCAGAAGCCACUGGCGGAGGCAGGCAAGCCUAGCAAUAUGAAGCGGUCACCCUCAGCCACUGGGCAGGGUUCCUUCCACUCUGUUGCCCUUCCAGAGAAGUCUCUGAGCUACUCCUCCGGCAUCCCUGAGGCCUGGGCAGGAGGACGAGAGGCUGCAGCAGCCAACAGUGACCCCUCUUCUGCUAAAGCCAAUGGGGGCACACCUGAGUCUGUAGCCCCCAGUCAUAGGGACCAUAGAAAGUCCCAGUCUGGGGAGGACAGCAGAACCCAAAUGACAAAGAGCGACUCUCUGCCAUCCUUCUGCCUCUCUACCACUGCCCAAGAGUCACACCACACUGACCUACAUGUGCCUGGCGGAUCUGGCCACAGGCACAGGGCGCUCUCAGUAACCGCCAUGGGAGAAACCAAAGGGAGAGAGCCUGCCCAGCCUCCCCCGGCCAGGAAACAGAACAUGGGCAGGGAGGUGACCAAGGUGCCCCCAGCCCCAAACACAGACCGUCCCCUCACCCUUUCCUCAGAGAAGGAUUUUGUGGUGCGUCAGAGGCGGGGCAAAGAGAGUUUGCGAAGUAGCCCUCACAAAAAGGCCUCCUAACUGAGUAGGUCUGUGGGGACCUGGCCUGAAAUGGAACUGGGUCUUGACCACCUUUUGAUACCAGCACUGUAUGGGGACGUCCUCCAGGUAAAUUAGCUUGGAGCUUCACUGAGGAGGGGGAAAAUGAGAGACAGAAAGAGGGAACCUUCUUCCAGAUGCCUUCCCAGUUGUAAUGGGUAAAACUUACCAAGAUAGUGUUUGUACAAAAAAAUACCUUUACAGCAGAGGGCUGCUGAGGAAAGAGAUUCUCUCUGUAAAUACCUAGCGAUGUGUUUGGUUUGGGAUGUCGAGUCUGUACCUUGCUGCUGAUUGCAUCACUUACUACAGCUUUUCUGAGUUAAGAUCUUUGCUUUACCACUUAUCAUAAUGUAGUAAUGAAGCAAAAUGGUCAAAACUGGGUGUGUGUUAUCCAUACAUCCACAGUCAUGUAUGUACACAUCCACCUACAUGUUUUGGUCUGUGGUUUGAGAAUAUUUCAAGGCUCCAUUUUUAUAAGUAGAGUUCAAGAUGAAAGAAUGCCCUAAAUACAGUAGAUUGUACGUUUUUAUGUGUAUUUUAAACCAGAGUUUCUGAUAGUACUGUAUCUGGCUAUCCGUAUUUCCAGAUCUAAAGCAAGAACUGGUCCAGUCACUGCAUUUGGAAUCCACCAUUAAGAAUGGCCAGGACAAAUGGAGCUAGCUAUUUAUCUCACAGUCAUCCUGCUAGACAUUUUGGUCCUUAGGACCAACUGUCAAAGGCCAGUUGUUGUUGUUUUGGGAUUAUAUGUUUGGUCUUCGCAUGAGGAAGAGCAGGGACUAUAAACACCCAUCAACUUCAUUUCUGUUCUUUCUUUCCCUUCUUUUCAAGCUCUUGCACUCAGGCUAUGAGUGACGAGUCCAAGAAGCACACACUUUGUGCUGGUUCUGCACCAGCCCUGCUCUUGAAUGGAAAGGAAAAUUACUGGCUGCACACAAAUCUGCUAGUACUUAGGUCAAUUAAUAGCAUCAGGCAUUGGAAGAAGUUUUAAAUUUGCUUUCUUUUUUGAGGAAAAGAAGGGGGGUGGAUUUUAGCAUCAUAACAUAUAUAUUAAGGAAUAAUCAGGACAUCAGAUACAUUUUAAUACAUAGUCGGGGCCUUAUGUUGUAGACGAAGCUUGCUGUUUUUAGCAAGUUCCUGGGUUUCACAUUCAUUUCUGAUGCAUUGAGUAGCUCCAUAUAUAUCAUAACACGAUCUCUUUAUUUGUAUGCAAAAAAAAUACUGUAUUAAUGAAGAGCAGUAUUUUUGUAAAAAUGGGGCUAUUUGGUGCUUGAAUGUGACCAUCCUUUUUACUUUUGCUAAGCCUUAUUUAAAUUUUGUAUACCAUGAAAUAUAUAGAAUUUGUCAAAUCAUUUUAGUGCUGAGGGUUUUUGAUUUGUUUUAUGUUGUUGCAGUUUUGAAGUGGCUUGUUUUGAAUUGUAAGAUGGCACUUGCUGACAUGAGUACUAAGGCACUAAGAGACAAUGGAGACAAAGCAGAUAAGUAUUUAUAAGAUGCUUGGGAUCCAUCACAGGAUUUUUGUUUUGUAAGAGGAGAAACUUACCAAUAAAUAACUAAUUUAGCACCAACCGCUCCUUGGGGAUGUCGUAGUAUCUUCAUGCUAUAAAAUUAUUUUUGUAAGCACAGCCUCAUCUUACCGCCCUGUUGGAUUGUAAAUCAUCUAGCAAGGCUGUAAACACUCCAAAAACAAAAGGCAUAACUUAACCGACUAUCCGGUUGUCCUUCAUUGUAAAGCGAGUUGGCACUGGCAUAAAGAAAAGAAAAAUGUAUCCUCUUUGCCCCUGUUUUGUUUUUGUUUUCCCCAUGCAGUUUUAGCUAUUCCCAGUCACUACAUUGUGAAACUGUAGAAGAAACAAAUGCAUUUUUUACACGAACUCAAAUGGGUUUCAAAAGUGGUCUCAACACUUAAAAUACAUAUCUGCCUGGCAGUUGUCAUACCCCAAUCUUCACUCAGACAUCGAGACAGGUCUAUUCGGGAGGCAGUUCAUGGUUUACAGCCUUUGCUUUUUAACUGUCCAGUUUUCUUUAAAGCACAACUAGCUGCUUGUUUACAAAGGAUAUUUUUAUGUGUAUUUUGUAUAGUGUAUUAUCAUUUUUGCCAAAUAUGUUUUUGCAUUUUGGAAGAGUAAAGAGUACUUAAGGUUGCAUUCAUGUGAUACCUGUUUGUUAUUGUGUACCUCUCCAAUCAGCUGGUAGAAAUUCUUCUGUGUUCUGUUUGGUCAGUCUCUGUGUGGUUGUAAGACGUGCCCCUGGGUAGUACUUCCAGCUGUAGACUUACCAGCUUAAAAGUUUGUUAGGAUCUGUGCAAUAAAGUGUUUGCAGUCUUAUUUUCUCUAAGAAGUUCCCCCAUGGAUGUCAUAAUUGUUGUAUAUUGAACAAAUAUUUAUACUUAUGCAGUUGCAUAACAUUGAAUAAAAA